CAGUCAUCAACCACUACCGCUUUUCCCCACUUCCCACUUUCCCCCCAUUUCGACCCUUCCUUCGAUCAUUCCCAUUUUUUCACCUCCAUUCUUCUUCAUCACUCCCUCAAUUUGAAUUUCAGCUGCGUCGAUUUUGCUGCAAAACUGGUCUGAGCGUUAAUGGAAUCGGAGGACGAGCUGGACAUGCACGAUGCCCACGACGACGACGACGACGACUCUGUUGACAAUGAGGAGGACUUCUACAGUGGCGGCGAAGAUGAUGCUGCCGCCAUCGACAGCGACGAUGCUGAUGUCGGCGAUUAUGAGUUUGUUGAUAAUGAUUCCGACGAUUCCGAUGAUAUGGUCUCCUACAGACACCAGCAAAACUAUAUAAUCUUGGCCGAGGCAGAUAUACGGCAACGACAGGAGGAAGACAUUAUGAGAGUAUCUACUGUUCUUUCUAUUUCAAAAGUAGCAGCUAGCAUCCUGCUCCGAUAUUACAACUGGAGUGUCAGUAAAGUGCAUGAUGAAUGGUUUGCGGAUGAAGAAAAGGUCCGUAGAGCUGUUGGCAUAUUAGAAAAACCAGUUUUGCCGCAUUCAAAUGCACUAGAACUACCUUGUGGUAUAUGUUUUGAAAUCUAUUCACGUGAUAACAUUCAGUCUGCUGCUUGUGGCCAUCCAUUUUGCAACACUUGUUGGACAGGUUAUAUUAGGACAUCUAUCAAUGAUGGUCCAGGAUGUCUUAUGUUGCGGUGUCCAGAUCCAUCUUGUGGUGCUGCUGUUGGUCAAGAUAUGAUAAAUUUAUUGGCUUCUGAUGAUGACAAAAAGAAGUACUCCCGCUAUUUUGUUCGAUCCUAUGUUGAAGACAAUAGGAAGACCAAAUGGUGUCCCGCUCCAGGAUGCGACUAUGCUGUAGAUUUUAUAGUUGGAAGUGGAAGCUAUGAUGUUACAUGCAGAUGCUCCUAUAGCUUUUGCUGGAAUUGUACUGAGGAAGCUCAUCGUCCUGUUGAUUGUGGCACUGUAGCUAAAUGGAUCUUGAAGAAUAGUGCUGAGUCAGAAAAUAUGAACUGGAUAUUGGCAAAUUCCAAACCUUGUCCCAAAUGCAAACGACCUAUCGAGAAAAAUCAAGGGUGCAUGCAUAUUACUUGCACACCACCCUGUAAAUUUGAGUUCUGCUGGCUUUGUCUUGGUCCAUGGUCUGAUCAUGGAGAGAGGACUGGAGGAUUUUAUGCAUGUAAUCGCUAUGAAACUGCAAAGCAAGAGGGAGUGUAUGAUGAUGCUGAAAAGCGCAGAGAGAUGGCCAAGAAUUCUCUGGAGAGGUACACUCAUUAUUAUGAAAGAUGGGCCACGAACCAAUCGUCUAGGCAAAAGGCGCUUGCAGAUCUCCAUCAAAUGCAAACCGUACAUCUGGAAAAGUUAAGUGACACUCAGUGCCAGCCUGAAUCACAGCUAAAGUUCAUAAGCGAAGCUUGGCUACAGAUUGUCGAGUGUAGGCGAGUUCUUAAAUGGACUUAUGCCUAUGGAUAUUAUCUACCUGAGCGUGAACAUGCCAAGAGACUGUUUUUUGAGUACUUGCAAGGCGAGGCUGAGUCCGGGUUGGAACGACUCCACCAAUGUGCUGAAAAGGAGUUGCAAGCUUACAUAACUGCUGAUGGUCCUUCAAGAGAAUUUAACGAGUUCCGAACCAAACUUGCUGGACUAACCAGUGUAACUAGGAAUUACUUCGAGAAUUUAGUACGUGCUCUUGAGAAUGGUCUAUCAGAUGUGGACUCCCAGGGUACCUGCAGCAGAACAGCAAGCUCGAAGAGCAUCGGCGGCGGUAGGAGCAAAGGUGGCAAGGGCAAGAUGAGUGCAUUCCGAGCUAGCGGUUCGAGUCGAACCAUUGAUGAUACUGACCAUUGGUCUUGUGAACAUUGCACCUUUGCAAAUGUCAAGUCAUUUACCAUCUGCCAAAUGUGCCAGCAACGGCGAUAAUCGUAUUCAGGCAUUGGAAAACCAAUGUAUACGAUGCCCUUUCGUUCCAUCCGUCGUCUGUUCUUGCUGGUCGGAACGUUCACACGCAUAAUUUAUGUUUCAGAAGGAAAUGACUCAUUUACCAAAUUGUUUCAGGCCAUUCGAUUCCGAACCAGCACUAUUGGACCGAGGCAAAAGCAUAUGAGAAACUGAAUAUCAGCUGUAUAUACUUCCUCUCUACUCUGACUGUUUUUCGCCAUUUAUAGCAUGUAUAACGUUGUACCCAAAUGCAUUUGCAUGUUUGGUUUUCUGACCAUUUCCUGUAAUAGCGUAUUUUUAUACAUAAUACAUAUAAACAUGUAUCUGUAUGAGGCAAGCAUUAGAUGAUACAGGCCUUUGUAAUAAGAUGGCAUGAACUGUUGUAAGAACGAUGAUUUCAGUA